UCUUUCCGUUCCGAGAUAGGAUUCCUGUUUUGGGGAACUGGUUUCCCAUGCAGUCGAGGAUAAGGAGAGAGAGCAGUGACAUCAUUCCUCAUCCCGACCAUGUUCUCCCUCGUUCGCCGAAGAGUGGAUCUCCUCUGUAACAGCUGUACAAAGUGUCUGAUCUCGUGCCCGCGGACAUGCAGUGGAGAUACGAGCAAGAAUAAUCGUGAUGGUAAAAACCUUCCGAAGCCAUCCACUGCGGGGAAGUAUCUGCGGGAAGUCCUUCAUAUGGUCAUAAAUAAACGACUCGUGACCGGGAUGAUUCCUCCAGACCACGUUCUCCGAUUCCGCCAUCCUCAACAGUUGGAGGAAGAACUGGACCUGAGCAUCGGGGAGUCAGGAAUUUCCAAGGCAGAGGUGGUGAAGACGAUGAAACAUGUCAUCGAUUACAGCGUGAAGACGUGCUCGCCGUUCAUGAGAAAUCAGUUGUACGGAGGCGCAGACGAGAUCGGCCUCGCCGCCUCCUGGCUCACCGACGCCCUCAACACCAACCAGCACACGUACGAGGUAGCGCCUCUGUUCAUCCUUUACGAACGGGCGGUGGUGAAGAAGGUGUUGACCCUCCUCGGAUGGGACGCGGGAGAUGGCAUCACUGCACCCGGAGGAGCCAUGGCGAACAUGUAUGCCUUGCCGUUGGCCCGCUACAAGUUCUUUCCGGACGUGAAGGAAAAAGGGAUGGCUCACCUCAAAUCGUUGACCAUCUUCACCUCACAAGACAGCCACUACUUCGUGUGGAAAGCGGCCCACUGGUUGGGUCUAGGGACUGAGAACAUAGUGGAAGUGAAAACGGACAAGGGGGGACGAAUGAUCCCUUCGGUUCUGGAGGAGGAGAUCCGCGAAGCCAAACGGAAAGGGAAAAGGCCAUUUUUGGUGAAUGCCACUUCUGGUACCACCGUACUCGGUGCCAUGGAUCCUUUGGAACCCAUUUCCGAGAUCUGCCAGAGCCACGAUCUCUGGCUUCACGUCGACGGAGCCUGGGGUGGAAGUUUAUUGAUGUCGGAAAAGAGAAGGCAUCUUUUAAAGGGCGUGGAAGCGGCAGAUAGCUUCACUUGGAAUCCCUACAAAAUGCUCGGAGUCCCCAUUCAGUGUUCGUUUUUCCUCACGCGACACCAGGGGCUGCUGUUGGAGUGCAAUGCCGCGUCGGCGACGUACCUCUUCCAAAAGGACAAGUUCUACGACGUGUCCUACGACACGGGUGACAAGAGCAUCCAGUGUGGGAGGAAGGUAGAUGCCUUCAAAUUCUGGCUCAUGUGGAAGGCUCACGGAGAUAGAGGAUUCCAGAAUCUCGUAGAAAACAUCUUUCACUGCGCUCGGUACAUAAGGGAAAGGAUGAGCGACCGGGAAGGGUUCCGCCUGGUGAACCCGGAGGGAAAUGUGGAAGAGCAUUGCCCCAAUAUCUGCUUCUGGUACAUCCCCUCUUCCUUAAGAGGCCUUGAGGAAACUCCUGAUUGGUUCUCGCGACUUCACAAGGUAGCUCCGGAGCUGAAGCGUCGAAUGUUGACGAAGGGGAGCCUCAUGGUGAGUUAUCAGCCCUUGCCUCACAAGGGACUGGUGAAUUUCUUCCGCCUCACGCUCACUAGCACCCCGAGGCUCACCCACGAGCACAUGGACUUCAUCCUCGACGAAUUCGAUGCCCUUGGAUCCGACAUCCAAAUAUCAUGAGACCGACGAGGG